AUGCCUAGAUCGCGGAUAAAUGGAAAUUUUAUUGAUAAAACCUUUUCAAUUGUAGCCAAUAUCUUAUUGCACAUAAUUCCGACAACUUCCGAAGAAAAAGAGGCAUUUACUUAUUACAGAGAUGGGGGCAAUCCUACUCCACUAGGACUAAUGGGCAGCAUAAGGGAAGAAAGACUACACCUAGGAAUCAACAACAAAAAAACCUUCUUUGAAAUUAUCCCCUUCCCUUUUGGGCUUGGGAUUAAAAGAAUGGUUGGGACAACAAACACCCAUCUCGUUUGUACUUUGGAUACCAAUAUAACCAUCGAAGCCCAAUCUGAAGGAAAUUAUGCGGAAGCUUUACAGAAUUAUUAUGAAGCUAUGCGACUAGAAAUUGAUCCCUAUGAUCGAAGUUAUAUACUCUAUAAUAUAGUAAUGGCGAACAUAGGAAAGCUUUGGAAUAUUAUUUUCGAGCACUAG